GGACGCUCGACGACGACAGCGGAGGUUCGCAUUGCUCUCACAUAUACCGCGGUCUUCCUCGCUCCCUUCUUCGUAUUGACACUGACUCGUGUCUUGUACGGCGCUUGAAGCAGAGUCCUUCCGUCGCCUCCGCCAGUGCCGCCAACAGCAGCACACCCGACCAUGGUCACCUCAUUAUCUUCAUCGCUGCCUCCGGUGCCCAGGACGCCGGUCUCAUCCACGAGCACAAUGGAGAGCCCGAUGGCAGCGCAGCCCUCAUCGUCUGCGCCUUCGGACCCGGUGUAUGGGCGGCUGAACAUCCAGCCGCUGUUCAGGGCCGCUGCCUGCUCACAGCAGUACGUGCGCUGGUCCUACACCGGCACGCAGAGCUCCAGCGCCAACCUGACCAUCUUUACUUCCACGUCCAACUUCCCGACAGAGCAUGGCGUACCCGUCGAGAAUAGCGCACAGCAGACUCAGGUGAUCAGCGACACUGUUCCCAUCAACAUAGGGUACUUUAACUGGUCGCCCGUCAACGUCCCGCCGGGAACGUACAAGCUACAGAUUAGUGUGCCGGACUCUCAUCUAUCGUCGACAUCCUCCCUCUUCGACAUCCUCUCCUCCUCGAAUACCAAGUGCCUGUCUUCCACCAGCAUCAAGUACACCGGCAACGAAAGCGAGGGCGAGAUUGAUGGCUCGAGAGCCUCGGGCAGUGGCGAUGGUGCCAGCACAAAAUUACGCACCGUCGUGCCGGCCAUCGCCGUACCCGUAUUUGUCAUCGGCAUGCUCGCCCUCACCAUCAUCUAUUGGCGCCGGAAGCACCACCGUCACCAAAAAGCGCUCUCUGCACGCAUCUACCGCUCCUCUGCUCUGCCGCCGCUCGAAGGGCCGUAUCGCGAUGCAUACGAUUCAGCGACGGCGGCCGGUAGCAAGCGACUCCCAUCGCCAUGGAGCGAGAGGUUGGGCGGCUUCCCCAGCCCCAAGAGCCCACCGCGCGCGACGUCGACGCAGAAGCUGAACGACAAUGACUCUGGUGCGUUCGGAUACGCAGACGCAUACGCAUACUCAAUCAGGGACAACAACAACAGCAGCAAGCAUCGAUCCGUUGCUUCGUACCGCAACGAUCCUUCGCAGACGCGCGACAAGGACUCGUGGUCCGACUUCGAGAACGACGACGCCGAGUCCCGUGCGAGCGACGCCUUCGAGGACACCCAGGACGGCGGGCCGUACAUGCCAAAGUCUCCCGCAGGCGUCUACCACCAUUUCAUGCACAGCGCCGCGUCCGACCGGCCUGCGUCGCUGCAGCACAUGCAGAUGCGUCCCGACGCGUUGGUGGCGGGCAUGGAUGCGCACCUUAUCGAUCCGCAAGUUGGCACGGGUGGGUAUGCGCAUGCACACGGCUGCGAAGAGCCCUCGUCACCGCGUUCGCCGUCGAGCCCGACGAACCACAGCUUCUCACUGCUGCGCAAGCCCGUGCCGACAUUUGCGGCGAGCCGCGAUGCGUCGGCCGCGUACGCGGCGGAUGGGCAUCUCAACGACGUCGACGGCAGCCCCGCAGCAGGAAAGGCACGUGAGCAUGACUUCUUCGCGGACACACAGGCGCCAGCCGCCGCGUUUACCGUCGCGCGGCAUCACGAUAGUUCACCGCAUGCCAUCAGCGGCGGCGUCGGGGUCAACGAGACGCUGGCGCAUCAGGCAGCCACCGUGGGCAAAGCGCAGCAUCAGCUCGCCGUCAAUGGGCCUGUCUCGUACUUCUGAUUUUGCGCGCCAUGCUCUUGUCAACCGCUUGGACAAUCGUCGCCAUCCCCUUGCGCGCGACUCUGACCCAGAGAUUCGCAUACCUUUGUUUGCAUGCGGACUCCUGUCCCCCUGCUUGUAUUUGCAUUUAAAACUGAAACGGAGUGAUCUAUUCCAUGGCACUCUUUCUGGUCCAUUUCUCUACUUUCAGGCGUCAAGCACACUCCAGAAAAUUGCACAUCCUGCCGGGACUACCUGUCGCCGUCUGUCUGUCUACCUGCUUACUGUUUCGCUCGCUCUUCACCCAUUGUCAGAGAACCUUUCAAGACUGCAGCUUGGCUGACGCGCUUGCCGCUUGUUGCAUAUGGGAAGUGUGAAGACAUGGCUGUGCGCCGACGCCGCACUGUCGUAAUUUGUACAUAAGAUGCAUAUGGCAAUCAUACAUCCCUACCCAC